UGUGUGUGUGGGAGGGUCGAUGUAUGUGUAUUUGUGUGUGUGCGUGUGUGUGUGUCUGAACAGUAUACGGGGUCCAGUUCACCCAAAGGGACCCGGUCAGAGCACACACAGAGCAGUCUCACCCCAAAGCAGCGCUGGCACCAGAGAGGAGGACCCUGGGAUUCCAGGCUGCUGCAGGCAGAUGCCCUUGGAGUGAGAACCGGAUGAAGAUUACGCCCUCGGAGAUGGAACAGACGGACACACACUCCCACUAAGAGGCUCGUCUGUCAGGGACUCGUCGUUUCGUUUUUCCCUUUGGCUCGGUGGACACACCUAACGCGUUCCGUUCCCCGAGCCUGUCCAUGGACCACACUGGCCUGUUCUGUGCGACUGCGACGCAUCAGUCCUGGAAUGGACCCAAAGGCUCCACCUUCUCGCCUGACUGGAAAGACUCGUUGACCUUCCUGACGCCCGACGUCAUCAAGCCUCCACCGCCGGCCAACCAGCCCGCCAUGGCCGGUCUCCAUCACCCGCACGGAGUGUUCGUCUCGGCCUCCGGGCCCAGAGUGGGGCCCAUGGAUCAGAACCAAGUGGCCGCCAUGAUGAUCGAGCAGAGCUACGCCACGGUGCAGAAGGAUCGCCGGGGCCGACCACUCAGUGCCAUCGACCCCCACCGGCGUUCCCAGUCGCUGUGUGCGGCGGCCGCCGCUGCCGGUGUGGCGGUCCCUGACACCGACCUGGUGACCCUGCGGCGCAGGUGCGAGAGCUACGCCAUGGCGUACCCGAGCAGCAGCUCGGACGACAGCGGCAGCGACAGCGCCUCCACCAGGAAGGCCGAGCUCCUGCUGCCGGACGCCGUCCCCCGGCCCCGGGCCCGCAGCAUCGUCCUGCGGAAGCCCAAGCAGCGUCCGGCGCCCCCGACGCGCACCGUCUCCCUGGGCAAGGCCGGCGAACGCCGCUGCCAGAGCCUCUACAUCCCCCGGGACCUGCACGCCACCCUGCUGCCCGACCUCAUCCCCAUCGGCUCCAAGCUGGAGGACGGCGAGCAGAGCCCCCUGCCUGCGGACAGCGGCGUCGCCGCCGCUAAGCUGAAGACCUCGACGUCCGCGUCUGCGUCGUCCACGCACUCGAGGCCCCUCAACGAGCUGAGGUCCAGCGAGCCGUGCAAGUCCCAGCCGAGCUCCGCCGUCCCGCCACCACCGCCACCGAGGGUCCCCGCGAGCGAGACGGCCAAGACCCCGAGCAGCUCGGACUCCCUCACCUCCCCGACCUCCUCCUCCCGCUCGUCCCCUUCGCAGCCGCCCGCCACGUCCCCCUCCAAGCCCACCGGCUCCACGUCGCCCUCCAGCGGCUACUCCAGCCAGUGCGAGACGCCCACCAGCUCGGUGCGGACGGCGGCCAUCUUCGGCCCGUCUCCGAUGGGCUGCCGGAUGCGGCCCAAGCCCGCGGGCCAAAAGUCCAGGGCCAGCAGGGUGAGGCUGUCCCUGCAGCUGCCCGAGACGACAGCGCCGGCCGCCCUGGACGAGUCCGCCGACCCGGUCAAGCCCAGCCGGCGGUACUCGGACUCCUCGGCCACGGUCAAGACCAAGCAGCGGUGCCUGAGCAUGCUGCUGCCCGUGGUGACCCAGGAAGACCUCAUGAACGUGCGGCUGCGCUCCGUCUCCAGCUCCGACAACGAGGGCGGCCGCUACGAGGGCUUCGCCGAGGCCAUCGCCGAGGAGGCGGAGAGAGACACCCCGACGCCCUCCAUCGAGAGCCCCAAGAACAAGCCGCCCGUCGCCCCCAAACCUGCGGCGUCCGCGUGGCAGCCGGUGGUGACCGCUCAGAAGGACCAGCCCGAGGCCCGGGAGCCCCAGCAACACAACGGCCCGGAGAGGAGACGCGCUCCGAUCCCCAAACCCAAGAGGUCUUCCCUCUCGCUGUCAGGCGGGGGCGCUGGCGAGCACCACGCCCAGCCCAACCUCGGCAGGUCGCUCUCCUCCAGCGUUUCGGAAACGCAGCUCCCGAGCAACGCCUUCCUGAGACAAAACACAGACUCUUACUUGUGCGACCCUAACGACAAGCGCAGGAUGGGUCCGCCCCAAGUCGCCAAGAAACCCGAGGUGCUCAUCCUGCCCAACGGCCACGGCGUCUGUAACAAGGACGGGAUGACCACCCACGUACCAGCACAUGCCACCCACGACCAGAGACUGGUUAACGGCAACGUUGCAAUGCAGUAUUAUAUGUCUACAGGACACAUGCACGGCAAAUACAAUACCAUGGGGAGAAACCCAUCGAGCGAGAGAUACCAGCACGGAGUUCCAGACCCACACAUGAUGCAGGGGUUUGGAGAGGGGCAAAACGAGGUGUUCGCCAGUAAGACGUCUCGUACAACUGAGGACCUGUUCACCAUCAUCCACAGGUCAAAGAGGAAGCUCCUGGGGCGCAAGGACUCCUUCGAGGGCCGUCCGAGUGACAUGGGCAUGCUGACCCUAGGGGGCACCCCUCGGGCAUCCACCCAGAACGACAGCUUCAUGGCCCUGCUGCGGAGGACCCGCAGUGCCAAGUCCGCCCCCGGUGGACGCAUCUCCGCCACGGAGCUCCUGAAGAGCUCCAAGCCCACCAACGCCGGCGGUCAGCCCUAUGACGCCACGCGACCAUGAAGCGACCACACACACACACACACACACACCUCUAAAACGUCUCAGCCCCACUUUAUAUCAAGUGUGCUUAUCAGAGUUAUCUCACAUGAAUAAAGAAUAGCACUGUGCACUUUUCCUGUAAGUAUAUAUAAUUACAUGUUGUUAUCCCAAACCCCAAAUCUCACCCACCUUAUCCACAGUUUCAGACUGUAAUUGCAUGUAUUUAUAUGGAAAGCACAUAAAUCUCAUCAGUUAAAAAAAAUAUAUGUACAUAGAACCUACGUACACUUCAUCUAAAGUGGGGCCAAUUUUUUUUCAGUUUGUUUUUGUUUGGCUUGUUUGUUUUGUCUGGUAAUUUCUAAUCGUGUUUUAACUACGUGAAUUAACAACAAAGUUAUAUGUCAUGAUGUUGCACAUUUUCAAGUGUAUGAAAAAUGCCAUAAAACAUAACAGAACACAACUUCAAGGCCGAAACAAUGCCAUAGUACAAAAGAUAUAGUGUUUUUGUUGUUGUGGUUGCUGUUGUUGUGUGCCUUGCCUGAGAGUUGCUCACCUGUGUAUGCCAAGGAUCUUUGCUUCGGAGUGAAUGGCCUGUAAAUAGCUUCUAACUACUACUGCACUGUGGCUGGGUAAUUUGAUUCACCAAAGGGGAAAUACAUCAGCACUUUACAUUAACCUUCCAUUAAAGAUACAGCCCGCCAUUCUGGAGAAAGAGUGUUGAUGUUUCAGCUCAACAGCCAGUGACAUCAUAGCCAUUCCCUCAGUGCUCCUGAGGCACAGUUAAGAGCAGCUGGACUGUGUGUGUAUGAGCACCAGUGGUUGGAAUGGGCAGCCCGGAAGACAAAAAAAAACAAAGCCGUGUGUGAUGAAUUAGAAUUGCGGACUGCACCUUUAAUUAACAUUAAUUCAAUGCAGGAGUUAGAACUUACCAAGUAUUAACACCAUCGAUGAUUACCCAGUGUUUGUUUCUGCUGAUGUUAAUGUUUUGUUCAUGAAAGCUAAUAAGCUGAACAACGUAAUGGAUUUCAUAUUUUCAAUGUUUCAUUAAUUAAGACUUUGAAUAUGAUGUCUAAUUUGUCCUAAGCUAAUCAUACAUUUCAGCUUUUAAUGUUAGCCUACAUACAAAAUAACUGAUUCUAAUGUUCAUGGUUUAUUUAACAUCAAAUUAUGCAUUAACUAAUGUAAGUUAAAGGAAUGUUAAUGUAGAGUGUUACCAGCAAUGCUUUUCCCCAACCACGUAUGUGUCAACACCCACUCAAAUAAAGCUGGUGGUGUAGAGAGAGUGAUGUUGUAUAAGACUGGAGUGAACUGGAGGACCAACCUGAACUGCUUGCUAUUUAAAUCUAUCUCUGUACAUGACAAUCAAAACAGAGCUCCUAGGGCUAGAAAGACCCGAAACUUUGAUGUGAUUUGAUGAGAAUGGGGUUGUGGGAGACGGGGUGGGGAAAUGCUUUUAUGAAAAAAUGUGAAUAGAAAUAUUCUACAGAUCUAUCUCUAAGAUAAUCAUAUAAUGUGCUGUUUGAGUGAAAUUCAGUGCUCUGAUCAAAGUAAUUAAAAACAUUUAUUC